AUGAAUCCUUCGACUAGCCGGGCGACACUCGUCUGUGACCCAUCUUGGUCUCCGAACGAAAAGCCCACCGCUGCCAACCAUCGUAGUGUCUCCAGCGGUGAUCCUCGAGAAGAGUUCAACCGCUCCAAGGCCAUGGCCAUCACGACGAGCGCGACGUGGAUGUGCAACUUCGUCAUCGGCCUCGUCACGCCGUUAAUGCUCGAGGCGAUUGGCUGGGGCACCUACAUCUUCUUCGCGGCGCUCUCUGCUGGCCUUCGCACCAGGGGCAGGAGUCUGGAGGGUAUGGAUGCCGUGUUUGGCGAUACUGCUGCACAUGAGGAGAAGGCGAGACUGUUUGAUAUUGCGUCUUCCAUGGGGCUCACGGAGCAGCUGCCAUCUGAGAAGCUGGAUGCUGCGAGGGUUAACGCCGAGGAGGUUUGA